AUGUGCCUUAUAUUAGUCGUUUCUAAAUUCAUACAUCUAAGUUUAUUUUCAGUAAUUUUGCCAUCGAUUAACUGUGAACAACUUGACUUUGAAAAAUUAUGCCAAAACGAUUUCGAAGAUCUAUCAUAUAUGGGAGAUAAACAGAUAAAUGCUGUACCAAAAGCGAUGGAGAUAAGAGAAAUAGUUAAAGAACUUAUAGACAGCGAGAAAGAAAAUAAAGUCAUAGUAAAAAGAAUAGUGCCACAUAAUAAACCGUUUAAAAUGGAAUAUGACGACAAAUUCAAAUUAUUAUACAAACCUUUAAUAAGAUUAGAUAAAUCCAACCAAAAUACUGACAGUAUUGAAAGUAAAUACUUAACAAAGAUAUCACCUUCGUUUCAAACUAAUAAAAUAUUACAGAAAAUUUUCAAGAUGUCCCCAAUAAGUCUAAAAGAUGAUAAAAUGAAUUAUUUUAGGGAAUUGGCUGAAAAAAUAAAUAAACGUAAUAAAAUGGUUAAAAUUCAUAAUAAAUUAGUAGAUUUGAUAGGCAGUGUUCUUCGAAGUCCACAGUUUGAGAAGUCGGGGGAAGACAACGACAUGUUAGCGCCCGGGGAAAAAGUGGUGACGGAUGAAUACGAGACGAAAUCUGAGAAACCCAAGAAGUGGAUACCCCAUUACCCACCAUGGAACUUUUGGACGGUAAAC